AAAAAAAAAAAAAAAAAUGGCGUAGAUCUCUACGCGCAAGGUUAUUGAUUUCCUAGGUUAGUCGGAGUAGUCGUUAACGUCCACUUGUUAGUUACAGGAUCUACAAGUAUUCAUCAAUGGCGGAGUGGAGUGUGGUUUUACCUAUCCUUCUUACCGUCAUCCCUUUCUCUCUCCUCCUCCUCUUCCUAUUUCUCAUUGUCCGUCCACGCCCCGUCAGAAUCCCAAUCAAAAACCGCCAUGUGUUCAUCACCGGCGGCUCCAGUGGCAUCGGCUUGGCUCUGGCUCACCGAGCCGCUUCGGAAGGCGCCAGGCAGGUAUCCAUCCUCGCUCGGAAAACCAGCAAGCUCGAGGACGCCAAGCGGGAGAUCCGGCUCGCCACCGGCUGCGAAGUCGCAGCUUUCAGCGCCGACGUGAGGGACUACGAAGCCGUGAAGAAGGCCGUGGAGGAAGCCGGACCGAUUGAUGUUCUGAUCUGCAACCAUGGAGUGUUCAUUCCCCAGGAAUUGGAUACGCAGGAGCUGGAGGAGGUUAAGUUGAUGAUUGAUGUGAACUUGAUCGGAACUUUCCAUUUGAUCAAAGCGGCGUUGCCGGGGAUGAAGAACCGAGCAGAGAGGGGACCCGGUUCAAUUGCUAUAAUGUCUUCUCAAGCGGGUCAGGUUGGGAUUUAUGGUUAUACAGCUUAUUCAGCUAGCAAGUUUGGUCUCAGGGGUAUGGCAGAGGCACUGCAGCAGGAGAUUAUUGGUGAUGAUAUUCAUGUGUCCCUUAUAUUCCCCCCAGAUACUGAAACUCCUGGUUUUGCUGAAGAGAACAAAAGGAGGCCAGAGCUUACCAGUAUAUUAGCGGCAUCUUCUGGUUCGAUGAAAGCUGAAGAAGUUGCCCAGAAAUCUGUGGAUGGGAUCAAAUCUGGAAGUUUUGUAGUCCCCUGUAACUUUGAGGGAUUCUUACUGUCUAUAGCAACCGCUGGUCUUUCUCCUCAAAGAUCAUUCCUAAUGGCAUUUGUGGAGGUGAUUGGUGCAGGGUUGUUGCGCAUUGCAGCUCUAUGCUUCCAGUGGAAUUGGUAUCAGUGUAUUGCAAACUUUAACAGGAAAAGAUAGUAAGUACACUUUUUGCUGCUGCCCCUUGAGCGAACACUGCUUUAUUGUGUUUUUAUUAGGGGUUUACUUAUUGGCACAAUCAUAAUUAGCGUUACUUUUCAUCCUUCUAAGUCGAGCAAAGUAAGCAUGGAAAUGGGAGCUUGUUGCCAUUUGUUCUUGCUAACAGCUAUAGAAUUUGAUGAACUAGGAAGCAAUGGUGAGUUUAGUAGUAUGCUGCAGGAGUGUAUUUGACAAUUUGUUCUGUUAUCAGCUUUUUUGUUUUGUUUA